AUGACUAGCGCGGAUGAAACAACCAUCCCUCGGCGUCCUGCAAUAUCUACCAACGGGGCAGGCCAGGAGCGUGCGCAUGCACCGUCACCGGUACUUGAAUCUGCAGAACACCCCCUCGUUGAAGCUACUACGUCUUCCAAGCGCUCGUAUUCUAUGGCAGAGGGGCCAGAGAUGGAGCAGCCCAUUUUCGUUGAGCUGGGCAUGCUCUCCUUGCACUCUGAUUCCCGACAGAAACAUUAUCUUGGAUCAUCUUCUGGUCUGCUUUUCACGAGACUGAUUGGAAUUGACAGCGAACGAAGUUCUACUGCGAGCCCAGAGUUGGUAUCGACAUCUUCUCGCAGUGGUCAUCGUCGCCGGUUGGCCCCUGGUCGUAGUCAGUCACGCGAGGCCUACCAGGCUCUCUAUGACCGAUUAAGAGAGGUAAUCCCGCAGAAUGCCGCUGUAAUAUUCGGAAUUUGGGGUGCUAAUCGUGAGCAAGGAAUUACCAUCAUCGGAGGAAGCCAGUGCGUUGUUAGAGGUCUAUUUCCAGGUGAUCCACGUGGAUCACCCAUUUCUUCAUCCUCACUCAAUAUGUAA